AUGCGGUAUCAAGGAGUCAAAUCUGACAGUGUGGACAAUCACUUGGAGAUGGGGAAGAAGCUGCUGGCUGCUGGACAGCUCGCAGAUGCCCUGUCUCAUUUCCAUGCAGCUGUGGAUGGUGACCCAAAGAAUUAUUUGGCUUACUACCGAAGGGCCACAGUCUAUUUAGCGUUGGGCAAAUCAAAGUCUGCUUUACCUGAUCUGGCCAAAGUCAUUGAGCUCAAACCAGACUUUACUUCUGCACGGCUUCAGAGAGGAAACCUGCUUCUGAAACAUGGAAAGUUAGAUGAAGCAGAGAGUGACUUUAAGAAAGUUUUGAAGUCCAACCCGAGCGAGAAAGAACAAACUGAAGCUCAAAGUCUGCUGCAGAAAUCUGAUGAAAUUCAGAGGCUCACAGCAGAGGCUAAUGAGAGCUUUCAAAACAAGGACUACGUGAGAGCUGCAUCUCAGCUUGACACCAUCAUUGAGACUUGUGCUUGGGAUGCCACCUCCCGAGAGAUGCGAGCAGAGUGCUUUAUUCAAAUGGGAGAGAUGUGGAAAGCCGCCACGGACUUAAAAGCUGCUUCUAAAUUAAAGAGUGACAAUACACAGGCCUUCUUCAAGCUCAGCACCAUCUACUAUAGCCUGGGAGACCACGAGCUGUCCCUCAAUGAGGUCCGCGAGUGCCUCAAGUUGGAUCCGGAUCACAAACAGUGCUACAGCCAUUACAAACAGGUCAAGAAGCUCAACAAACAAAUUCAGUCUGCGGAAGAAUUCCUCCAAGAGCAGAGAUACGAAGAAGCGAUUGACAAGUACGAAGCCGUGAUGAAGACCGAGCCGAACGUACGCCACUUUACUCUCCUGGCCAAGCAGCGCAUCUGUCACGCCCUGGUGCAGAGUCAGCAGUCCGACAGAGCUGUGGCCGUGUGCACCGAAGUCCUGCAGUCAGAACCAGAGAAUGUGGACGUGCUGAAGGACAGGGCCGAGGCAAACUUACUGGUGGAGGACUACGAACAAGCCGUUAAAGACUACGAGAGCGCGGCAAAGCUGAACGAGAACGAUCGAGAAAUCAAAGAAGGGCUGGAAAAGGCUCGGCGGAUGCUAAAACAGUCGCAGAAAAAAGAUUAUUACAAAAUAUUGGGAGUGAAAAGGACCGCUCAGAAAAAGGAGAUCAUCAAGGCUUACAGAAAAUUAGCUCAACAGUGGCAUCCGGACAACUUCCAAGAUGAAGAGGAGAAGAAGAAGGCUGAGAAAAAGUUCAUAGACAUUGCCCAGGCCAAAGAAGUCCUCACUAACCCAGAGAUGAGGGAGAAGUUUGACCACGGAGAAGACCCCAUGGAUCCAGAGAGCCAGCAAGGCCACGGACACCACCACUUCCACGGAGGCUUUCCCGGAUCUCAGGGAUUCAACCCGUUUGGCUCAGGGUCAAAUUUCCAUUUCAAGUUUAACUUUAACUGA